GGGGGCCCGGGAAGGGUUGGACUGCGGGUAUCUGGGGUGAUCAUGAAGGACUGGGGCGCUGGGCUGUGGAAACGGGGUGCAGAACCCACAUCUAGGUGCGCUGCUCCACGAGGCAACGUGGGGUUGUAGCAUUUGAGAGUCCCAGGAGUUGGGUCCAGGUGGGCAAGGGAGCCUGCGGUGCACUGCCGAGCCGACCUGGGCGCCAGAGAACAGCCGGGGCUCCGGAUCUUACUUUGGGGUAGGGCAGGAAGUUGUGGGGCGUCCUGCCUCCCCGCGGAGUCUGAAGGCCCCUCUCCUUAACAGCUGGGCUUUCCCCUCCUUCCCAAUUGCGUCUGGGCGCCAAGCCCCCGAGCGCUCGUCACGCUGGACCCUGGCGCGGAGCCCUGGCAUCACGACUCGGAGGCCGACACUCUCUCCUGGAGUCACCCAGGUCUGGACACACUCUUACCACACCAGGGAGCCUGUUUGUUGUGUUGAGCAAGCUGGGGGUGGAGACUAGAGUAGAUGGGCAGAUGGGCAGGGCCUAGCAGGUUUGGAGGGAACCUGGCUGUCCUAGGAUUGCUGGCUGGCUUUUGUUUUUACUGCUGAGCCUGGAGCUCAGUUUAGACUUGGUGGUUGGUUACUCCUCAGGGCAGUGAGUGAGAGAGUGGGUGAGAGAGAGUGAGUGUUGGGAGCACUAUGUGUACAGUCAGCCACACAGCACCCUCUGCUCUCUCACAGAGGCUAGUCUCGUCGGCAUUUCCCCAGGUACCCUGAGCGCUUAUAGCAGCUGAUCAUACCCCUGCUAUUGCUCAGAGUUGGGAGCAAACUUCAUGACUGUGACCAGCUGGGUCAGAAGAAGAGACUGAGGGGAGGGUGGCCGUGGGUGAGCUCAGGAAGAAGUAUGGAGAGUCCCUGAACAGUGAGGCAGCCCGCAUGUGGGGACAGGUGUCACCCUUGGCAGCACUAUAUCACCAGGGUUAUCAGUCAUCAGUACCUGGCCCCACUUCCACGGAUAAGAAGAGAGAAGAAGGAAGGGCAGGGGAGGACCCCCUCUAGGACUCCCUGGAAGGGAUAGCAUCCUGGAUGCCUCAUUACAUCCAACAGGGGAGAUGGAGCCACCUCAGUGUGUGGAGGAGCUGGAGGAUGAUGUGUUUCAGCCGGAGGAUGAGCUGGGGACCCAGCCUGGGAGCUUGCCCUCUGCUGACCUGCUUGCCCAGAGCCAGCUGGACUGCCCCCUCAGCCGCCUGCAGCUCUUCCCUCUCACCCACUGCUGUGGCCCUGGGCUUCGCCCCAUCAGCCAGGAAGACAAGGCCACCCAGACCCUCAGUCCAGCCUCCCCGAGCCAGGGUGUCAUGCUGCCUUGUGGGGUGACCGAGGAACCCCAGCGACUCUUUUAUGGCAAUGCUGGCUACCGGCUCCCUCUCCCUGCCAGUUUCCCUGCAGGCUUGCCCCUUGGUGAGCAGCCCCCUGAGGGACAGUGGCAACAUCAUCGAGCAGAGAUCCAGAUCGCCAGAAAGCUUCAGAGUAUUGCCGACCAAUUUCAUCGGCUUCAAAUGCAGCAACACCAGCAGAACCGAAAUCGCAUGUGGUGGCAGUUCCUCCUCUUCCUACAUAACCUCGCCUUGAAUGGAGAUGAGAACAGGAACGGGGCGGGUCCCAGGUGAGGCUGGGCUGCCCUCUUCGAAUGGGGCACCACAGGAAGGACUUCCGCGAGGACUGACACUGUGUCAUGUGAAGUUGUUUCUUGUUGUUCUUACCUUAAAAUUUUAUCUCUAUGUGUACAUAAGACAUGCCCAAGUGGGACCUUUUCCCCUGUUCAGGACCUUGACCAGGAAUGGGGGCCUUUGUCAAACACUGUUGAAGUGGAGGCUGAUGAGUCUCUGAUGGUGGGUCCUCCCAAGGGCUCUGACAAGCAGGUUCUUCAGCCCGCGGUUGUUGAAGAUGGCCAGGUAGUGAUGUUCUCUGGCCAGAGGACUGUAGUUUAGCCACAGGAACUCAGUUAAACCAUAGGAAGCUGGAUUACACUCCUGCUCCCACCAAACCUGUCAGCCUUCCGCCAUGGACGGAGCCGAGAUCCGGACGGUCACACUGCUUCAGCGCACCAGGGCCUUGGUCGGGGGCUUUCCAGCUGAGCAUGGCCACUUCGCUAGGCCACUCAGCCUCUAUCUGGGUUCUCCUUCGGCCCAGCCGGUGCCCGCUCCAAGGGCUCAGGGAUUCUUGCCCAGCCCCUGUCAUCUCCAGCAGACCUCAGGGAGGGUUGGGUUUCUCCAAGGACCCCGCAAACAUGCCUCAAAAUGAACCAAACUUCUGUGUCGGCCUCAAAUCUGACUUGGUCCCACUUGGAGGCCCCAGGAUUGAUCCUGAGGUACAGAACCACUGCCACCUCUGGCUUCCUAGAACUGGCUGCCUGUCAGCCAUGGAUGAGCCAAAUAGCCAAUCACCAUGCUGUCAUCAGCAGCUUGUGCCUUUGUGGGCUCUUCUUUCCAAAGAACCAGCAACAGACUGCAUUCCGGUCCCCGGUCAGCACUGUAGGGCAUGAAGGGGCAGCACUGCAGUGGGACUGGGAAAGCGGCCGUCCCUCCUGGAAGAGUCAGCCCGAGAGGAACCCAGACCACUUGGUUUCCUUGGAAACAACAUACCUCCUCCUCCUUAUUCCCAUUCCUUAUUCACACCUUCUAUGAAAGGUAGAAGGAAGAAGCCAGCACAGUGACUUUGUCAGCUGACAUGUGUCUUUUUGAGCAACAGACAAUGAUGAGAGUGCAAAACCGUCAGAGCUGGGUGCACGUCUCCUGUCUUCCUUCAGCUCCCAGCUAGGCCAGCAGGGCAUGCUCUGGCACUCAGCGGGAUCGCAGCUGCCUCCGAACUUCCCUUCUCUCCCUGCUGUGGCGCUAAUGGCGAGAAUUUAAAACAGCCAGUCUGCCAGCUCUGACCAGACAGAGAAUUUGAUUAACAGAACCUGUUAACAGAUACCUAGAAAUGAAAUGAUAAUUUUUGCAUAUGUAGGAAAAGAUAACAUUGGUGCUAAACAGAGAAGCAAGGCCCAAAGAAAAGGCUGCUUUCCUGGGCAGCGAAGACCCCGGGGCUACCCAAGGAAAUCAGAGAAGUCCCGAGGAGGCUCUCACAGCUGAGCAAGCCAAGGCUCCUCCAGUUCUGCCAAGAGGAGGUCUCAGUACUGUUGAAGGAAGCCUUGAUCCCUGUACGUACCGUUGGGAAGGUUGUUCCCUGCACCAGGGCAGCUGCAGAGGAAGGUAAUAGCGACUAAGGUCGAGCUCCUGCUCUGCUCACCGAGUUGUAUGCCCCAGCGCAGGGCUCAGUCUUCCCCGGAGAACCGGGGCCUUUGUAUGAAGGUGCCGUAUGGGCUCAUAGUGACCCUGAGGAGAAGGACCUCAAACUGUGCAAAUGCCUUUGUUUUGUUCUACUUAGAUGUUCUGGAGGUGUUACCUUUUCUUGGCCAGAAUUAUAUUCUCAGGGUGUGUACCAUGGUUUGUCUGCUAAGGAGAUGGGUUCUCACUCACAAGAAGGAACCCAGAGAACAGGCAUGAGGACUGGCUCCGGAACACGCUGACCGUCGUGAAGUUCAGCCUCCCCUGCGUGUCAUGUCAUUCAUGAGGUGCUGAGGGCCUGGUGUCCUCCCCUCCCCUGGACCAAGGCUACGACAGGCAGCGGCUGGUAUAUGUGCUGGAGUGGAACACACAAGAAAACCACGAUUAUUUCUACCAACCAUUUUUUAACCUCUCUUGGCAGACUUUCCACCUGAGCUGAGUGAGAGAGCAAAUAAAUGGUCCAGACUUUGGUGCUGAGGCAAAGCCAUCCACUUCAGGGACCCUGCCAGGCCCAGGAGGGCCUGUGCUAAGAACUGAGCCCAGAGUUUGACAAGCCCAUCUGAACAUUGAGCCUGGGGCCUGGGGGAAGAUGGUCCAACCGCACUAUCUCCAUCUUCUGUGAAGCCAAGGACUAACUCACUCUGUUAAGCAAGCCAGGGCAACAUUUAAAACCUCCUUCCUUUCCCAUCCCCCAGAAAACCUAGGAGGUAACUCCCAGAAUAGCCCUAGGAGAGAGGUUCCCCCUGGCUGGCUGUUUUCAACUGGCCUAGUGAUCUAGGUCCCGCCCCUUCCCUCUGCCUGGUGAGUUGGUCUGAACAUUCCUCAAGUCCAGCCUCAGGAGACAUGUCCCUCCCCCUGGGCCCCUCUUCCCACCCGCAGCCCCAGAGGCUUGGCUGUCUCCUGUGAGGGGGUGGAGAAUCCGAUUGAGAGGGAGGGAGAGUCUGACCUGGGUCCUGACCUGUAACCAGCUGAAGACUAGUGGAGCUUUUGUGGUUUGCUGAUGGAUGGGGGUGGGAGAGGGACUGGAAACCUCCCUCCCCUUGUAGAAAUGCCCUGGAGGAGGGGAAGCCUGCUUAUUCAGGGUCUAAAUAGCCCUUCCAACUCAGAACCCCGGAGGAGGGGUUUCUGGACGCCUAUGGACAGAAGUGGGGAGGCAAUCCCCCCAGGCCAGACAUCUGACUUCUCCAGCCGGUUGCAAAGUCUGGGCUGCUGAAGAGCUGUCCGUGGCCUUCCCCUGCUCAAUCCGAGGCAGAACAGAUCACCUCCCAGUGACCUCCCCAACCCCCUAGGGGAGUAGGUCUGUGUUCAGAGCUUGUGUGGCAGGCACAUUCAAAGUGCUCAGAGCGGCCCACCUGACUUGUCUCACUGACUCCUGUGGCCAGGCCCUGUCCAAGGGUGGCUCCUGACUGGUCAUGGCAGGGAGGGGUUGAUUGGGAUGGCCCAUCUAGGUCCUCCAUCUGCCCGAAGUCUUCUGGGAAGGAGGCUGGGGAGCCACUUGACUGUCCUAGGCAGCAAGGAGUACACUGCCCAUGAAAGCUUGCCUGUGGGGGGACUUGAUGAAGAGGGAGUAGGGAGAGUAGAGAGCAGCAGAAGCAGGCAGGCUUAAAUUGCCACUGCCCUCAGGGCUGCGGGGAAUCAGCGCUGCAGCCCAGGCUGGAGGAAGCUGAGGGCCCCUCUGUGUGUAGGUGGGGACCCUUGGUGGCAGGCCACCCUGGCCAGACUUGCCCUAGGAAGGGGUUAACCUAUCAGCCUGUGAUGCCUCCUGGGGACACUGGGCAGUGGGCAGGCAUGCCAGGGCUAGUGAGGACUUAGAGCCUGGAGGGAAUGGCAGAGAAAGCCCAGCCCUUCCAGAGAUGCACCAGCCUCCAUGCUGAAGCUGACGGUGCUCAGAGCCUGUGAAGGUCCCAGGUCCACACGGCUCUUCUCUCUGCACAGUUGGCCAGAGCCUCUCCCUGCUGGGUGAGCAUUGCCCGGCGGCCACCCUGGGUCCACAGGGCUGUCAGGGGAGACCCAGUGCGAAUGUAGCAUUUUGUUCAUCCCAGAUUAGUUGCCCUGGGUUCUAGGCACUCUGCCUCUGGGAGAGAGACAGGGAAAGAGGGAGGGGAAUGGGGACCCAUUGUUUUUUAACCUGUACAGAGUAUUUGACUUUCUGUUCUUCCAGUGUGUGUGUGUGUGUGUGUGUGUGUGUGUGUGUGUGUGUGUGUGUCUGUCUGUCUGUCUUCCCAUCAAUUGGUACAGUUUUAAAUAAAACCAUUUAAAGCAAAACUGGUCUGUUUCAAGGUGUGGUAAAAGUGCAACGGGACCCAUUAGGGAAUUUGAGAUUCCUAACUUGUGUCUCAGCUGCACUCCUGAGUUACCCCUGAGGCUCCUGGCUUGUCAGGAGUUCCCGUCCCCUCUGGGAUUGGAGAAGAGCCUUCUGACCACACUGUAAGCAGCACAGCAGAGGCCCCAUGAGGUGGAAGACAUGGGCUUUGGAUCCAGACUUGAAUCCAGUUCCAGCCUCCAUCAGCUGAAUGAUCUGAGGCAAGUUAUGUAACGUCUCUGAGCCGUUGGUUCUUCCUGUGUAAAAUACAGCUGUGCCUGCCUUGCAGGGUCAGAGGGAAUGUGUGCAAAGGGCCUGCCCACACCUCCAUUCCCCCACCCCUGUCAAGCUGGGCUUCAGUUUUCUUUUAUCCAGGUAGCAUCUCAGGAGGUAGGCUCCUUGUAGGGGACUUCCUGGCUUGCAUUUCUUUGUGGAUUAACAAUGUGUCUGAUUCAAGAGGGUAAUUUAAAGCUCUUGACAGAGUUCUGAAAAUCCUCGGGGAAAACCACCCCUGGUCCUGUCAGCAGUAAGCCCGGAGCCAAAGGGCCAACGCGCCUUGCCAGCGCCGGGCCCCAUGAUUUAGGAAGCUGUCGGCUCUCUGAGGACCAGCCUUGGACUCCGGUUCCUCCCCCCAGAGACAGUGGGAGUUUGAAGUGACACUGAACCGUCUUGUCUAACCUCUUCCUUUUAUGGUUGAGUAAACUGAGGCCCAGAAAGGGGAUGCAAUUGUCGGUUGGGCUUUUUAAAUAGCUGAGUCAGUCUGAGGGGGGCCUACCCCAUCCAUCUGGGUUUCCACUUGGAAAUUGCAGUGCUCUUGCCCAGAUCUGCAGGGAAGCCAAAACUUGUCUAUUUUUAAUGCCAAAUAACUGCCUCUUCUCCUGUAAAACAUGGCACUUCUAACCACUCUAUAUUUGGACGGAGAGGUUUAUUUUUACUGGAGUGCGGUAGAAGUGCGGCCUGGUGCCACGUCCGGAUGUUAUUCUACAUUUCACGUGCAGGGUUGUAGUUGAGCCCAUUAGCAGCUCCUAUGAGCUACACAGGGAAUUAGUAGGUGAUUGGUGAUGUACUGUCUUUCUUUCAAGUCAUCUGCUCCUACUUUGGGUCCGGCUGCAUUCAAUUGCCUAGGCUAGAAACCUGAGAGCUCACCCUGUCCCCCCGUCCCUCCCUUUCUCUUUCUCUCUGAACCCUUCCCAGGAAGUCCAGGGAGAAGUUAAAGGCGCAGCUGCCCAGGUUUGAACCCAGGCUCUGCUGCUGACCAGCUGAAUGGCAUGGGGCAGGUCACAUAGCCUUGCUGUGCCUCAGUUUCCUUAUCUGUAAAAUGAGAUGACAAUAGUAUCUAUUGAAGGUUGUUGUGAGCAUUAAAUAUGUGAAUAUGUGUCAGGUGCUUAGAAUAAUGCUUGGUACAUAUUAAGUUGCCAAUAAAUGUUAGCUGGGCCCUGACCAGGUAGCUUGGUUGGUUAGAGCAUUGUCCCAAUAUGCUGAGGUUGCAGGUUGGAGCCUCAGGGCACUUGUAAGAACCAAGCAAUAAAUGCAUGAAUAAAAUGCUUAAGUGGGACAACAAAUUAAUGUUUCUCUUUCGCACUCUCCCUAAUUCUAUCUAAAAAUCAAUAAUAAAUAAAAGGCCCCUGCCUCCACUCCCACUCUGCCUCCUCUUAAAUAAAUAAAUAAAUGUUAGCUGAUAAUAUU